CGGAUAUCGAGCUUUCUUAGCUGAAAGCAUCCUCACCAUGUCAUCAGAAAUGGCUUUCGAGGAAUCAAUGAAAAAGCUCCUCUUACAUGGGGACUACUCAGACAUGAAAGUGACUUGCCAGGGGUUCACUUUCAAUGUCCAUCGUGCCAUCGUCUGCAGCCAGUCACAUUUCUUUGCAAGUGCCCUGAACGCUGGUUUUGAAGAAUCAAUGACGCGUAUUGUCAACCUGCCUGAUGAUGACCCUGGGACGAUUGAACGUGUGCUUUCGUUCCUGUACCUGCAGAAGUACAAUCAAAAUGGACACAUCGUUCCAAUGGACGAUGAUGCAGAACCGAAGAAGCCUGAAACUGAGCUCAGUGAAUCCGACAUCGAAAACUCAGUUUCCGAGGACUAUGCAGGCUGCUCGGCAGACGUUGAAGACAAAAGGGCUAUCGCAUACAACAACAUACGAGUCUACAUAGCCGCUGACAAGUAUGGCAUUGCUCCUUUAAAGUCUCUUGCCGGUAAGCAGUUCGCAAGCUGGACAAGUUCCAAUUGGAACUCCGAAGCUUUCGACGAUAUAGUGCAAGAAGUGAUGACCUACGUACCUCCACAUGAUUUACAUCUUCGGGACGUCGUUAUCGAAACCAUAUCAAAGAACAUUAUUUCCCUUGUAAAAAAGGGGAGUAUUUUCCAACUUAUGGAUACUCACGGCAGCCUUGGAUCCGCGGUUAUCGCGAAACUAGUGCAAAGUGAUAGAGUCAUGGCUACAGAAACAGAAAAACACGCUGUGCUCGACAAAUUUGCGCAAAAGUUGAACGGCCGUCGCUCCUGCAGACAUUGCGGUGGGGCUAUGAAUGUGAGGAUAGAAAAAGGGGAGUGUCUAGAUGGCAUUAUCCGUUGUGCUUCGUGUAAUACAAGGCAUUGA